UGAGAAGACACGCUGUAAGUUCCAAAAUCCCUUUGGCCAAAAUCAGAGAGAGCAGUUUUAGGGCUCCUUGGAAGAGUCAUAACACGGUGUUGAUAGCUAUUCAUUUCAUGGUCUCUUGCAGAGUUCAAGCCUGUAUAUAUUUCCUUGUCUUUAACAAUUUCAAUCUAUUUAUUUCGUUGGGUUUAAACCAGCGAACUUGUGAAGGACAGAUAUGGAGUUGCUACUAGAUUAGUUCGGUUUUAGCGUCAAUUUUUAUUGGACUAUGAUGCUAGUUCGGUGCGUAGAGUGAUGUGAUGGAGACAAUCAUGGCGAAUGAGCGAAUAGGUAUCUCUAGUUUGAGUCGAAAUGGAUUUCCAUGGUGGAAAUGUUUCCGGAAUUGUUCUUCCUUACAUGGGUUUACAAUUUCUGUGAAACCCAUGUUCGGUGUCCCUCUCAAAACAAAGGAGGUGAGCUACAUUUGGAGUUCCAGUUUAAAAUCAUCCAAUUGCAGAACAACUGAAGCUUUAUUGAAGGGAGAGUCAAAGGAUUCAGUUAAUAGGGGUUUUCUUGAGAAGGAAUUGACGUUUAAGCCGACAUUUGAUGAUUAUUUGAAGGCUAUGGAGUCAGUUCGGACUGUUAAGGAGAAGUACUCAAUUAAAGAUGCCAACGAGGAUUAUUCAAAGAACGGUUGCAGAGGAAAAGAUCUUCAGAAAACACCCGUUUUGGAUGGAAAUGAAGAAAAGUUAAAAUUACGUGGGUCUGAGGUGCAUUCACAUCCAUCAGAAACUGCCAAUUCAGUGAAAGGGGACGAGUUAUCUGAGAGGAUUAUUCAAUGCUCCGGUAGUGAAGGUCUGGGAAGAGGUAAAUCAGGUUACAGAAAAAGAGGUAAUAGAGGAUUAAAUAACCAUAGUAAGUUGGAUGAGGUGGAAAUGGAAGAUGCAGCUAAAACCCAUCCUUUAAGCCGAGAUAAAUUGGAUGAUGGAGCCAUUGAUGUUAAUUCAAAAGUUGGAAGGGCAUUGGAUGGGAAUAAGAGGAAUUUGGGGAAAAUUAGUGGAAGAUGGAUGAGAAAUCAGGCUAUUAGUAUAGAGCAUAAGUUUGGAGAGUUUGGACUCAAUCAAACAGUAACUAACAAAGGGAAAUCUGAUGCUGUUAAACAGUUAAGUGGUAAUGCAGUUCUCGGGCACCAAGAACUUGGCCUGAAUGAAGGUUCCAUAAAAGUGCAAAAGAAACAGCUGAACCAAAAUAGUAAGAGUAACUCUGAGAAUGUACGCAAUGAGGUUGUGAGUGAGGAGUUAUUCUCUAGAAGUAAGGUUCAAAGUAAGUUGGAGCACUCUGAGCCUGGUAACAUUACACUGGAAGAGAUGAGGCCUACUGCAAACCAACUGCCAUUUAAUUUGAAUGGCAAUGCCUUUGAAACCGAAACACUCGGUCCUGGAAGCACCGUAACACAUCAAAGCCCGGAAAGGUACCAAAUUCGAGCUGGGGACACUGGAUAUAAAUUUUCAAGGAAAAAUUUUAAGCUGACAAGUGGAAGUAAGUCUUCGUCUCAUAUAGUUGACGAUAAUGAUUUGGAGCUUGAAAGAGCUGCCUUCAAGUCUUUUGAGGUUUUCACUGAUGUCAAGGGCAGGCCACGAGUAUUGCGGAUGGAAAUGGAGGAGAGAAUCCAGAAGCUAGCGAAGUGGUUGAAUGCUACAGACAUGAAUUUACCUGAAUGGUUGUUCUCUAAGAUGAUGCGCAGUGCAAAAAUCAGGUUCUCAGAUCAUUCCAUUUUGAGGGUUAUCCAGAUAUUGGGCUCAUUAGGGAAUUGGAGACGGGUGCUGCAAGUCAUUGAGUGGCUCCAAUCACGUGAGCGUUUCAAGUCUCACAAGAUGAGAUUUAUUUACACCACAGCACUUGAUGUACUUGGCAAAGCAAAGAGACCAGUGGAGGCACUCAAUGUUUUUCAUGCAAUGCGGAACCAAUUCUCCUCAUAUCCUGACCUUGCAGCUUAUCAUUGUAUUGCCAUCACCCUUGGACAAGCAGGUCACAUGAAGGAACUCUUCGAUGUGAUUGAUUGCAUGCGGUCACAUCCUGAAAAGAAUUUCAAAACAGGGGUGCUUCAAAAGUGGGACCCACGUUUGGAACCUGAUGACGUUGUCUACAAUGCUGUAUUAAAUGGAUGUGUUCGGCAGAAACAAUGGGAGGGAGCAUUUUGGGUGUUACAACAGUUGAAACAAGAGGGCCUGAAGCCUUCUAGCACAACAUAUGGCCUUGUCAUGGAGGUAUGGAAUGAAUUCUGAAGCUACUCUCUCACUACUCUUCCA